UAAAAGCCGCGUUCUCAGAAUAAUAACAACCCUGUGCUUUUGAAUCGUUCAAAUAUUGGAAUUUGAACACGACAGAGACAGAGUAGAAAUUAUUGUCAAUGUCAAACACGGAACUCGGAUUUUCGGAAGCCGAAAAUCGAGGGUUGAGAAAUAAACAAACGAAUCUCUGAUUCUUGGUUAUUUUAAUUUUACGUGAGGGAAAAUAGUUAUUUCAAUAAAGAUAAUUAGACAUCUCUGCUCUUAAAGUCCAUACUAAAUAAAUAAAUAUGUCUAUCGAAAUUGAAUCAGCCGAUGUUAUUCGCUUGAUACAACAAUAUCUAAAGGAGUCAAACUUAACACGAACACUACAGACUCUACAGGAAGAAACGGGUGUAUCACUGAACACUGUCGAGAGUGUGGAUGGGUUCUGUGCAGACAUCAAUGCAGGUCACUGGGACUCAGUGCUGAAAGCUGUGCAGUCCCUCAAACUGCCAGAGCGCAAGCAAUGGGAGCUUUAUGAGCAGGUGGUGCUAGAAUUAGCCGAGCUCCGGGAGCUGGGUGCUGCCCGCACGCUGUUGCGGCAGACCGAGCCGUGCCUCAGCAUGAAGCAGAAUGACCCUGACAGAUACUUGCACCUGGAGAACGUGGUGUCCCGCUCCUACUUCGACCCCCGCGAAGCUUACGGUCUGGGCGCGGGCGGAGGCGGCAAGGAGCGGCGGCGCGCGGCGCUGGCGGGCUCGCUGGCGGGCGAGGUGGCCGUGGUGCCCAGCUCGCGGCUGCUCGCGCUGCUUGGACAGGCGCUCAAGUGGCAACAGCAUCAGGGUCUGCUGCCGCCGGGCGCCGCCAUCGACCUGUUCCGCGGCAAGGCGGCGCUGCGCGACCACGACGACGACCGCUGCGUCGCGCAGCUCAGCAAGACGAUCAAGUUCGGGCAGAAGUCGCACGUCGAGUGCGCCAGGUUCUCCCCCGACGGCCAAUACCUAGUAACCGGUUCAGUGGACGGGCUCGUCGAGGUGUGGAACUUCACCACGGGCAAGAUACGGAAGGACUUACGCUACCAGGCGCACGAGGAGUUCAUGACCAUGGAGGAGGCUGUCUUGAGCCUCGCCUUCGCCAGGGACAGUGAUACGUUGGCCGCUGGCGCUAAUGAUGGGAAGAUAAAAGUCUGGAAGGUCUCCACAGGCCAAGUGCAGCGCAAAUUAGACCGCGCGCACGGAAAAGGAGUCACCUGUUUACAGUUCUCUCGAGACUCACAACAACUUCUGUCGGCGAGCUUCGACCGAACUAUUCGUAUACACGGCAUGCGCUCCGGGAAACUGCUGAAGGAGUUCCGAGGACACACGUCCUUUGUGAACGAGGCUGUGUGGACUCCUGAUGGACAUAGCAUACUGUCAGGUUCGAGCGACGGCACAGUCCGCGUCUGGACGGCCCGGUCGGGCGAAUGCGCCGCCGUGCUCAAACCUCUAGGCGCCGGCGAACCUCCCGUCAACGCUUUGCUCCUAGUACCCAACAACCCGGAACACUUCGUAGUGUGCAACCGCACCAGUACCGUGGCUAUCAUGAACAUGCAGGGGCAGAUUGUGAGGUCGUUUAGUUCCGGGCGACGGGAGGGGGAGGGGGGGGCGCUAGUGUGUGCCUCGUUGAGCGCUAGAGGGCGCUACGUGUACUGCGCGGGGGAGGAUUUGGUGCUGUACGCGUUUGAUACUAAUACGGGGAAGCUGGAGAGGACUAUCAAUGUUCACGAGAAAGCAGUAAUUGGGGCCACCCACCACCCGCACCAAAACCUACUCGCCACAUACGGGGAAGACGGGCUGCUCAAGCUGUGGAGACCUUAGAACUUAUGACUACACGGUUAAGAGUUAAUUUAGAAUGCAACUUUAUAUUGAGUUAUUAA